AUGUGCAAGUUGAUUCACUCGCAGCCCAACUGCUGCAGCACCGCGUAUCUCAAAACCUACAUGUUCUUCAGCGAACUCUCUCUUCCUUCGACUAACCGAGCACAUACCUUACCAGCCAUGGCAAUCCUUCGACGCUCCAAGAGGGACAUCAACGCAUUGAAGCUGUCCAAUGGCCGAGACUACCUCUCCUGCAAGCUUCGUUUGACCCGCACACAGCUUGAGCAAUGGUUGACCUCCGACACCGUCUUGCCACACCUGGUCCUUUGGUCGAAGUUGUGCAUCGACAAUCCUCGCCGAUACAACGAUGCCAGCGAAUGGGUGAACUUCGUAGGAGGAAAAUACUUCGCAGAUGGCGGGGAGUUAGAAGAAGAUUUGUUGCUUGCUUGUCUUGGAGAAGGGCAGACCAACACAACCAAUGAAGAAGGCGGUGGCAACAGCAGCGUAUUCGCCGACCACGAUGCCAAGACAGCCUCAUGGUGCACUCAAGAUAUGUGGGCUCGUGCCGCCUGGCGUAUCGUCCAAGACAACUGCGGGCCCGGCGGUAUCCUUCAGCGCGAUAUUGAGCAACAUCCAGCUGCCGCAUACGCUGUGGCCAUCGACAUCCUCUGCCUUGCAUUCCAUUCCAUUGCAUGGCGCGAAACUGCAUCGUGCUGGUGGAUCUUGAUCAACAGCACUCCGUCACAGGAGAAGAGCAAGAUCGCCUUGACCAACCACAUCACCUCCACCAUCACACAGCAAGCCUUGAAACUGGACCACAAGGCCGAUACCGAGAGCAGUGUUGAUUCUGAGAUGGAGCAAGAAGAGCUCUCCGAUGAUGAUACAGUCACCAUGGUCACCGCGUCCGAGAGCGCGGAAUCAGAGUUUACCGAUCCCGAGAGCCCUUGGACCAAGGCUACUAGCGUCAGUGAGACUUCCCAGGUCACUCCGACCAGAUCUCACAAGAAGAAAGUCGCGGACACAACCUCGGGCUUCGAUGCGGUUCAGGAUUGGAUGGACCGCGUGCCAUCGAUUGGCGAUGGAGUCGGAGUCGACGGUGCGCUCAAGUUGAUUGAUGAAGAGGGUGAGCCGAUCAAAGGCUAUCGCAGAAUGGCGUUGAGGAGCGCUGGAGCUGCUCCAAAGCCGGUCGUGACUGCAGACUCACUGAUGGUGGAUUCGGACGAGAUUGUUGUGGCGAGCUGGAGGAUGAACGACAAGGACGAUGAUAAUGGCGAUGAGAUAGAUGUGGCCGGCAUGAGGAUGGACGGGGCCGAAGAUGACGAUGAUGUGAUCGUCGUGGCGGGCAUGAGGAGCGACAGCGUCUUCGAUAAGACCCAAGCGCUUGCGAUCGCGGCGACGGAGGAAGACCCUGUACGCAAGUCAGCACGAUUGACAGAUGAAGAUUGA